CAAACCAUGGCUAAACCACAAGUUUUAUUUAUUGGUGACUUGGAUAAGUCCUUGCCUGAAUAUCAGUCCUUCACUGAAAAAUUUGAAUGUAUAGAAUAUACAAUCACAACCAAGGAACAAGUUAUUGAGGAUUUCAAGACUAAAUUCCAAAAUAUUGUUGCCAUUUAUGGAGCUUGGUUAGGGUUUAUGCCCACCGGGGGCUUUAGAAAUGAGGUCUUGGGGGCUGCACCAGCUUCUUUAAAGGUCAUUUCUAUUUGUUCUGUUGGUUAUGAUGGGUACGAUGGAGUUGCAAUGCGUGCUAAGGAUAUGAUUUUGACUCAUGUCCCAUCUGAUGGUGCUGCAGGUCCAGUUGCAGACUUGGUCUUGUAUAAUGCAUUAACUUCUUUCAGAAACUUUAAGAUGUUUGAAAAGAGUUUCCUUGCUACCAACCAUACCGUUGUCGCUAGAGCUAACCUUGCCAGUUCUGACUUUAACACUACCACUGGUCAAAUUGAGCAAACUAGAACAAUUCCAUAUGCUUUUGGUGAAUAUUUUGCAAACAGAAAAGUAUUGUCUCCUCAAGGACAUGAUGUUGUUAUCGUUGGAUUUGGUAACAUUGGACAAACCAUUGGUGCAAGAUUAUCAAACAUUGGUAUGAACAUUCAUUACGUCAAGAGAACUAAACUUACCGAUGCUGAAGAAAAGAAAUUAGGUUACCCAGUUACUUAUCAUUCUUCCAUCGAAGCUGAAGGUGCUCUCAACUGUGAUUUGGUUGUUAUUGCAUGUCCUGCUACUCCAGAAACCAAGCAUUUGAUCAACAAGAAGGUUAUUGAUUCAUUUGCCAAGCCAUUCCGUAUUAUUAACAUUGGUAGAGGUUCAGUUAUUGAUGAACAAGCUUUGGUUGAUGGUUUGAAGGCUGACAAAAUCUUGUUCGCUGGUUUAGAUGUGUAUGAAGAAGAACCAAAAUGUCAUGAAGAAUUGCUUACCAGAGAUGAUGUUAUGUUGACUCCUCAUAUUGGUGCCUCUACUGCUGAUAACUUCAACUACACUACGAUUGUUGCAUUGAAAAAUAUUGAAAAUGUCAUUUUAGAAGGGGGAAAGGGUCUUGAUACUGUUAAUUAG